AUGGCUCUGUCUGUUCGUACACGUCUCGUACGUCCUCAGAAACAAGAACAUGAAACUCGAGUAAUCGUUAAUUUGUGCAAUGAUGAUAAGAAUCAAUCAAAUUGUUGUCAUGCAGCUCAAAUCUCUGAAAGUACUAAAUCAGUAGCAACAUCGAUUUCGGCAAAUAAUUUUCAGCCACAAUCACGACGCGCUUUUGAAUGCGAUUAUGAAGCACCGCUUACAGCAUACUCACUCAAACCUUAUUCAAAAUGGUUAAUUGUUCGUCGAAAUUUACAUCGCAUUCGAUUUAUGAGUUAUAAUGAUCAUGGUGAACAGAAUAAACUGCCAGACUUUUAUUUGGGAUUACAAAUGAUACGUGAACUCAAACGAGCUCAAGAUGAAAUACAGCGUAUUGAUCAAGAAACAAAUUUUCAUGCUGUUAAACAAUUCGUUUUGGCUAUCGAUGAUAAACAUGCUAAGACAUACGAUACAAGACAUAUCAAACCAACCGAUGCUCUAAUCUAUGAUCGUCUGGGCGAUGAACCGAUGGCUGUACAAAAUCUUCUCUAUUAUUUUAGCCAACAAAAUGUAUCGCCUGGUACAGUCUUCUGGGACUUUUUGAAUGAAGUCAAUCAUGUUCUCAAUAUGAAUCGCAAGAGAACAGUUUUGGUAGAGCGACUAAGAAAGUUCGCUCUAAUAUUAGCUUUCAUCUCCUAUGGACUGAUCGGUAUUAUGUUCUUUUUGAUGAUCAUCAGUGUGAUUACAACAGCUUUAAAAGUGAACGAUCCAGAAGUUCAAUGGAUGAGCAAUGGUGAUGAUCAAUAUUCAAUGGAUAUGUCAAUGUCCAUUUAA